UACUGUCACGCUUAUCUACACUUAUCGUUGUGAUGAGAAGAUAACAAUUAAUAACGUUAUUAAAUUGAGUAUAUAGUUCGAAAUGUCUAUCGAUACUUGUUAAUACGAAAAGUAAUUUAGUUGUGUAUCAGCAGUGAUCAGCAGUUUAAUAGUGAAACAGUUCUCAUCCUCUCUUGGCAAAAAAAUUUAAUAUAAAAGUGUAACUCUGAAAGUCAUGAGGCACUUGUAAAAGCACAAUCACCUGACGAACAAUCUACAGUAGCAGCUGUGCCAGGUGUGACAUUUCCCCCUCCGUUUAUCACGAAAGAUCAUUUCAUUACAACCUGGUUUUCAUGGAAGAAAAAAUUCCUCGCUAAAAUGAAAAAUAUUGAUACAGCCGAGGAAAAAAAAGAGAUGUGGGGUAUCAUGCUUUUAAAUCGUAUGGGUCCCAUUGGUCAGGAAAUCCAUAGAUCCAUAGAAGAGAUUCAUAAAACAUUGCCCUUCUAUGACAAAAAUACCCGGGAAGAUGUAAAUGCAUUAAUUAAGAAGUUUGAUAUAUAUUGCGUGGAAAGUGUAUUUAAAGACAAAAAAAGAGACUGCAAAGACGUCGACGAAUACGUACAUGAUCUACAUUUCAUCGCUAUCACACGAAAGUAUAUUGAUCCUGCAGAGAUUGUAAAAGAGAAAAUUAUACAAGAUAUAAUUUAUGUUCAGCGUUUUACAGGAAAAGCGGCGCUUCUCAUACAAAGCAAAGGGGAGAAUUUGAUACCAUACUUGCAAUCGUUAGAGCUCAAUGAUAUCGUUCUAUUCUGGAAACAAUGCGACAAUUUAAUGGCACGAAAAAUCGAGAAAACACCAAAUCAGAACUCGUAUGUUAAGCCCCAUAUAAGUAUAGAAUAUACUCGAUAUGGUAAAGAAUAUAAUCAAAGUAAAUGUCCCGCUUGGGGACCUCUAUUUCGAUUAUGUUCCCGAUGCAAGCAUAAACGAUUUAAUCAUUUUACAAAUAAUUCUAAAGUAAAAUACAUAGACAAUUGUAAUAACUGCGGGAUGGGUCAUAUUCAAUCACGUUGUCCCGCGUAUGGCGAAUCGUGUACGAAGUGUGGGAAAAAAAAUCAUUUUUCAUUGAAAUGCGAGACAUCUUUUGUUAACAAUUGUACGAGAUGUGGUAUAAAUCAUGCGACAUCCAUGUGUUCCAGUGCAAGGUCAAACGAGUCGGUAAUAUAAACGAAAUCACUAGGAAGAACAAUGCAUGAGCAAACUGGACAAUAAUCAAUAGCAAUAGUAACUUGCCUGCUUUCUAUUAGAAAAAAAAAUGUAACUUUAUAUCACAAAAUAUUUUAUUUUUACUUUUGCACUUAAUGUAAUUAUCAUUUAUUAUAUUUUAAAU